GAAAGCAAAGUCCAGGCUGCGGGACUCAGGGCAGCCAUGGCUAGGCACUGUGGGGCAAUGGCAACCAGGAUCCAGGCAAGACUGAGCACAGUCUGCUCUUCCCGAUGGCUGCAGGACUGGCAUCUGUCCCUGGGGCUGUCAGGAGCACGUUUGACCCACGCCGGGGCUGCAGAGCGACUGCAGCGGGAGUACGACGCGGUGGUGAUCGGGGCAGGGCACAACGGGCUGGUGGCAGCUGCCUACCUGCAGCAGGCAGGGGUGCGCACAGCUGUGCUGGAGAAGCGCCACGUGCUGGGCGGUGCAGCUGUCACAGAGGAGAUUGUGCCAGGGUUCAAGUUCUCCCGGGCGUCGUACCUGCUCAGCCUGCUGCGGCCACAAAUCUAUGCCGAGCUGGAGCUGCAGCGGCACGGCCUGAGGGUGCUCCCACGGGACCCCUACUCCUUCACCCCACUGCUGGAGGACAGGAGCCCUCCUCGCUCCCUCCUGCUGGGACACAACAUGGCCCAGAAUCAGCAGCAGAUUGCUCAGUUCUCCCAGAAGGAUGCCCAGGCUUACCCUGAGUAUGAGGCAUUCAUGGGGGGCAUGGUGUCGGCCCUUGACCCACUGCUGGAUUCUCCUCCACUGGAUACAGCAGCCCUGGGGAAGGGGUCCCUGCUGCAGAAGCUCAGAAACCUGCGAGCCCUGUGGCCCCUGCUGCAGGCAGCUGGGAACCAGCAGCCAGCCCUGGUACAGCAAUGCAGCUCUCACACCACCUCUCCACCCCCAGGGCUGACGCUCGGCCAGCAGCUGCCCCGCUAUUACGAGGUGCUCACAGCUCCCAUCUCUAAGAUCCUGGAUCAGUGGUUUGAGUCAGAGCCCCUGAAGGCAACUCUGGCUACUGAUGCGGUGAUUGGAGCCAUGACUAGCCCCUACACCCCCGGCAGCGGGUAUGUGCUUUUGCACCAUGUCAUGGGUGAGCUAGAGGGACGGCGGGGAGCCUGGGGCUACGUGGCAGGUGGGAUGGGAGCCCUGUCCCAAGCCAUUGCCCACGCAGCGACAGCCCGGGGAGCCCACAUCUUUGCUGAGAAGGCAGUGUGCCACGUGCUGCUGGGCAGGGACGGGCGGGCACAGGGUGUUGCGCUGCAGGAUGGUACAGAGGUGAGGAGUAAACUGGUGCUCUCCAAUGCCUCCCCACAAAUCACUUUCCUGGAACUCAUUCCUCAGAAGCAGCUGCCGAAGGAUUUUGUCCAGCGCAUCCGGCAGGUUGACACACGCUCCCCUGUCACCAAGAUCAAUGUGGCGGUGGAUCAGCUGCCCAGCUUCCUGGCUGCCCCCAAUGCCCGUGACGGCCAGCCCCUGCCCCACCACCAGUGUUCCAUACACCUCAACUGCGAGAACACCCACCUCCUGCAUCAGGCAUUCACUGAGGCUACCCACGGACACCCCUCCAACAGGCCCAUGAUCGAGCUCUGCAUCCCCUCAGCGCUGGACCCAGGACUGGCCCCACAGGGCUGCCACGUUGUGUCCCUCUUCACCCAGUACACCCCAUCCGUGCUGGCGGAUGGUCAGUCCUGGGACGAGCAGGCCAGAAAUGCAUAUGCAGACAGGGUGUUCAACUGCAUUGAAGACUAUGCCCCAGGAUUUAAGGCAUCCGUCAUUGGCAGGGAUAUCCUGACACCACCAGACCUGGAGAGGAUCUUCGGACUGCCCGGUGGAAACAUCUUCCAUGGAGGGAUGUCUCUGGACCAGCUCUACUUUGCCCGGCCAGCACCAUCUUACUCUGGCUACCGGUCCCCAAUUCCUGGCUUGUACCUGUGUGGAAGUGGAGCCCACCCUGGAGGAGGAGUGAUGGGAGCAGCAGGACGCAAUGCUGCCCAGGUGGCCCUCAAGGACUUCAGGAGCCUCUGAUGACAGUGGUGACACUGACUUCACCAAUACAGGCUUGUGGCAGCAGCAAGCCUCGUUGAUCCCAUGCAGAGCCCUGUCCAUCCCCAAAUUGCUUACCAGACACCUCAGGGCAGCAUCCCUAGAGAGAUGAGGGUGCAGUCUGGCAGGGUCCCUUGUGCUCUCAGCUGCUACUAUCUUGAACAGAUGGCUGCUCCCAGCCUACCACAACCCAGCUUGGCUGCAGUGACUCGUGCACUGUGUGACCUUGGUAAGCCUCACUCAGCCCCUGCCUGUGCCCAUGGAAAUAAACCUUGGCCCAGGUCU